AUGGCGGUGACUCAUUUUAGUCCUAAAGUAGAACAAGUGAUGAGAAACAAUGGAGAUGAAAGAGCUGCAAAUUUGUGUUCUGAUGUAAGAUUAUGGUGGAAAUCUGAAGACGACCCAGGAAUAAGUGCCAAAGACAGAUUUCUCAUGAGAAUGAAACUUCGAGAACGGCUUCUCCAAGAUGUUGAAUUCCAUACAUUUCCCCCACCUACGAUGUAUAUUAAAGGCUGGCCGAUACAACUUUGGGAAGCUCUUCUUGCUAACAUAGACGCAAAAAGCAUUCUUUAUGCUUUAUGUAAACAAGGCACAUAUAACAUUAGAGCUUUCAGUAGCAUGAUGGGUGAAACAUUUUUUUCAGAAGUUUCAAAUCAAGAUAGGGGAGGUGGUCACGGAACACUCACAGCACAAGAAUUUGCAGAAUUCAUGGGAUCCAGCAUAGAGCAGUUGCAGAUACGACUUGAUUCUGAUAGAACUUUUCCCUACAGAACGUCACGGACGACUGUUUACAACCUAGUCGGAAAAGAUCUCAUUGCUACAGAUAUUGUGUCAAGUGUAAAAGUGGAUCAAAAUUUACAUAGAGAAAGAAAUGGCCUGUUUCAGUUUAAAAGUAUACAUACACUGUAA